AAUGAAAUAACCAAGAGUAUAUUUAUAUAUAAUAACUGUAUAUGUUUGACUGAAACUCGUGAAGGAACUGUGACGGUGUUUCUCCUCGGCGCAGCAUUAGGCGCGGGACCGCGUGACGUCACCUCCGGUCGCCGGUUGUGCAGAUGAUGACGAUGGAGGAGGAAGAGGCAGUGGGCAGGCGCGUGAGCUGUGACGGACACAGAGGGACUGUCCGUUAUGUGGGGCCGGUUCCGCCCACCGCAGGCGUGUGGUUGGGAGUGGAGUGGGAUCAUCCGGACAGAGGAAAGCAUGAUGGGAGCCAUGAAGGAGUGCGCUACUUCAGCUGCAGACACCCGACGGGCGGCUCGUUCGUGCGGCCCAAGAAGGCCAGCUUCGGCGUGGAGUACGUGACGGCCCUGAAGCGGCGCUACGAGGAGGAGCCGGAGGAGCCGGCGGGAGACGAGCUGAAGAUCUCCAGCAGAACCGUCAUGAUGGUCGGCUUUGAUGACGUCAAGCUCAAACAGAAGGUGGAGAAGCUGACGGAAGUGGGUCUGAGGAGGUGUGAGGUGUCCGGUCCCGGCCCGCAGAAUGAGAUCAGAAACACCACGCCGUUCGUUCAGUCUCUGGAUCUCUCUGGAAACCUGCUGAGCUCAUGGGAGAUUGUGGCGGCCGUCACAGAGCAGCUGGAGUCUCUGCAGGAGCUGCAGCUCAGUCACAAUAGAUUGAGUAUCUCCAGUGACCCCUGUCACUUAAGCCCCGCCUUCUCCCGUCUGAGGGUGCUGUCACUCAACAGCUGCGCGCUCACCUGGACUCAGGUUCUCCAUUGCGCCCCCAUGUGGCAGCAGUUAGAGGAACUGUAUCUCGCUGACAAUGACAUCACAGAGUUACUGAGACCGGAUCAUGUGCUGCAGACUCUGAGAGUGCUGGAUCUGUCCAAUAACCAGAUCCUGCAGGAGACGGUGCUGGAAAUCUCACAUUUACCCUGGUUGGAGAAGCUGAAUCUGUCCGGCAGCGGUUUAUCUGAGGUUCAGUUCAGUGACGCUUCGGCAGGUGAGAAGACGGCUCUGUUUCCUGCGCUGAAGACUCUCUUAUUAGACGACAACAACAUUUCAGAGUGGCGUGUGGUGAACGAGCUGGAGAAGCUGCGCUCUCUUCUUCAUCUGUCCUGCCGGAGGAACCCGCUGCUGCAGAGAGAGAAGAACCUGGAGACGGCCCGACAGAUCCUGAUCGCCCGCCUGAGCCGACUGCAGCUGCUGGACCGGAGACAGGUGGAGCCGGACGAGAGGAGGGGGGCGGAGCUUGAUUACUGUAAGAGGUUUGGAUUGGCGUGGCUUCAGGCUGGAGGUCACAUCGACCCGGAGAAGAGCCGCCCCAACACUGACUUCCUGACGGAGCACCCACGCUUCCUCGCGCUCAUCCACAAGUACGGCGCUCCAGACGAGGGCGAGAUGAGAGAACAGAAGCCGUUCGCUCUGAAGAAUCAGUUAUUAACCGUGACCUUCGUUUGUCCAGAGGAUUCUGGGAGGAAGCCCAUAGAGAAGAAGCUGCCAGAGUCCAUGAUCGUCCAGAAGGUGAAGGGGCUUCUGCACCGGCUGCUCAAACUGCCCGGAGUCGAGCUGAAGCUCAGCUACACCUGCGCCAAGAUGGCCGGUAGAGAGAUCGAGAUCGACAACGAUCUGAAGCCGCUGCAGUUUUACUCGGUGGAGGACGGAGACAGGAUUCUGGUGCGCUGGUCCUGAUGGACCCGCAGGGGAUUCUGGGACUUUGGAGCUGUAUAGACUGAGCGUCACUCUGAUCCAGAAGAGCUGAGCAGCGGGACGCUCCGGAUCAAGAGAAGAGCUGGAGAAAUCAUCUCUGUAUUUGUGUUUGCGAUGAUAGAGCGACAGGAAACACAAGCAUUGCCAAACUCUCUGAUGCUUCAGUGUCUGUGAGUCUCCAGCAGAGGGCGCUUCAGACACACUUCAGCAGAUGAAAUACAGUUAUAUUCACACCAAUGUCAUUUUUUUUUUUUUAAAUACAAUAAAUUCAGUAGAUCAUAUUACCAUGAUAUAUACGUCACUUUUAUGUAAUAUUUAAAUUAAAAAAAAAAUGUCCAUGUUACAGAAAGCAACUGUGAAUUGAAUAAAAGUGCUUAAUUGUCAUUAAAAUCACGUCAUUCCAAAAA